AUAAAGAUAGUGCUUGCACGAGCCGAUUCCUGGGGGAUCUCCGCCACUUUUCGUCUCCAUCAUCGCGAGCAGGUCGCCGCACGAGGACAAGAACAUGCGCUCCGUCCUGAUUUUACUACGAUAUCUUUUUCUUGUAUCCAUUGCUGUUGGUGAGCCGAUUAGGCUUAAGAAAGAAGCGCCACUUUCUUCGUACGAAUCGCCUCCCUCAUCCUAUGGAGCACCAGAUAGUGGGUUAAGUAAUUCAUAUGGGGCGCCACAAGUACCAUCAUCUAAUUACGGUGUUCCUGACCAUGGUAGUUCUGGCGGAUUCAGUAGUAGUCAGUCAUUUACUAGCAAUAAUGCCAUAGGGCACGCCUCUGAUUCUUAUGGUGCACCGGUUCCAUCCGAUUCUUACGGAGCACCCGUACCAUCAAACUCUUAUGGAUCAGCAGCUCCGGCCAACACUUACGGAGCACCAGCGCCAUCCAAUUCAUAUGGAGGACCAACGCCAUCCAACUCUUACGGAGCACCAGCACCAUCCAAUUCAUAUGGAGGACCAGCGCCAUCCGACUCUUAUGGAGCACCAGCACCAUCCAAUUCAUAUGGAGGACCAGCGCCAUCCGACUCUUAUGGAGCACCAGCACCAUCCAAUUCAUAUGGAGGACCAGCGCCAUCCGACUCUUAUGGAGCACCAGCACCAUCCAAUUCAUAUGGAGGACCAGCGCCAUCCGACUCUUAUGGAGCACCAGCACCAUCCAAUUCAUAUGGAGCACCAGCACCAUCCAACUCUUACGGUGCACCAGAGUCUCUACCUCAAAGUCCUUCUCCUCAAUACGGCCCCCCAGCUCCUCAGUAUGGUGUUCCUACUCAGCAAAAAGCUGCAGGUUCGUGGAAGAAGAAAUUAACGUGGAAAGCUGAAUGGCAAAAGGUUUGGAAGACUGAAUCAAAGAUGACUUGGAAACAAGAAUGGAAAAAAAUUGAAGUUCCUUCAUGGAAAGAGGUUCAAGUACCAGUGUGGAAAGAUAUACAAGUGCCUGUUUGGAAAAAGGUUCAAAAGCCAACGUGGAAGGAAAUACAAAUACCAGUUUGGAAGGAAGUUCAGGUUCCAAGUUGGAAAAAAGUAUGGAAACCCGUAUGGAAAGAAGUCCAAACUCCUAUUUGGAAAGAUGUGCAGGUAGCGGAUUGGAAAAAGGUUUGGGUGCCCGAAUGGUUGAAAAUAGGUAUCCCCGGUGAACGUAAUCUUGGUAGUGACAGUCAUGGUUGGCAAUACACUAGUCACGAUCUUUGGAAAAAGAAGUUAAUUUGGAAGCCAAUUUGGAAAAAGGUUUGGCGAACACAGAAGAAGCAAAGUUGGUCUACGAAUAAAAAGCUUGAAUGGGUUGCCGAAUGGAAGCAAGCGUGGAAAACGGAGAAAAAGCAAGAAUGGCAUACGGAAAAGAAACUUGUUUGGCAUGAAGAGUCCGUUCAGAGUUGGAACAAUCAAAAAAAGCAAGUAUGGAUAACAGAUAAGAAGCAGGUGUGGAAGAGCGAAUGGAAAUCUCGAUGGGUUCCAGUGUGGAAAGAUAUUCAGGUUCCUUCUUGGAAACAAAUAUGGAAACCCGUGUGGGAGAACGUUUGGGUUCAGGAUGAACAAAAUAAUCAUGACGAAGGGUAUAAGUAUUGAGUGGGAAGAGAUUUAUAAUUUGUUACUGAUUUUCUGACAUAUUUUAUAUAUUUGUAAUAAAUGAAUAAUCGACCGGCACUUUGAUAUGGCAAUUUUGAUAAAAUGCUUAAAAUUUUCUUCAUUCUCUCGUAGGUAACAAACUAUAUUGUACAAAACUUAAAAUAACGUUACCAUUACAUCCUGCAAGUAUUAAUAUUAAUUUUUAUUUAAACUUUAAAAAAUUAAUAUUGAUAGUAUCUUACGAUAUUCUAACUAUAACACAAUGUUUGCAUCGGAAUCAUUAUACACUCGGCA